CAUACCCUCGUAUUCUAGGGUUUAAGCCUGUCCGCUGCUCUGUCAACUCCUCGCCCCACCGUCUCUCUUUUGCUGCAUCGAUCAAGCGAUUGUGAGGGUGAAUUGCGAAGAGAACGAUGGCGGCACCCGAGGCUCCUGUCCGCUACGUGGGAGUUGAUCGGAAUUCCGCAGCUUUCCGCCUCAUGAAGCAAAUGGGAUGGGAAGAAGGAGAAGGACUUGGUAAAGAGAAGCAAGGCAUUAAAGGAUAUGUGAGGGUGCAGAAUAAACAGGAUACUCUAGGUAUAGGCACAGAGAAGCCAAAUGCUUGGGCAUUUGAUACGGCACAAUUCGAUAAUAUCCUUAAGAAAUUAAAAGUGCAAGCGCCUGAGGCCAACAUAGAUGGAGACAAUGGGGAAGAUGAAAAAAAAGAAGCUAAAACCCUUAACUCCCCUUCUAAGAAUGAUGUAGACGCAGUUGUCAAAGUUACUCGGCCACAAGGAAGGUAUAAGAGAAGAGAGAAGGGGAAGCAUGUGCGAGCGUAUUCAUCACAGGAUCUAGAAGGAAUCCUUGUAAAUAGAGCUAAGUCUCCCGAGAUUAGCUAUGCCAAGGAAAGCUCUGAAGAUGCAAAACCAGCUGAAAUACAUUUUCCUGACAUUGAAGAAAUAGUUCAAGACAUCCCAGCAGAGUGGUGGGGAUACAAACAUGGAUUUGUUGUUGGAGGCAUUCUUGGUGCUGAAGCUAAAAGAAAGAAUGCCAUCUUGUCUGGAACUAGUCAAAAUGCUGACAAGAGAAGGACAUUCAAUGAGGAGGACCAAGAAAAUCUCUACAAACUUGUUCAGGACAAGGCCACAUCUGGAAAACAAGGACUUGGUAUAAAGGAUCGUCCGAAAAAGGUUGCUGGCUGCUAUUUUGAAGGGAAAAAGACUACUUUUGGCGAGAGUGAUGGCGAGGACUCUUAUUCACAGUCUACACGGAAAAGGAAACACAAUGAAAAUUCAGAGGCAGACAAUGGGCCGAGGCCAAAGUUUAAGAAAUUGUGUAGGCAGCUUCUUCGGAAGGUACCUGGGGAGGCAUUGAAGAUCAAGCAGCUGAAGCAACUUGUGGAUGAACACUCACCUUCUACAUUUUCAAAUCUUUCUUCUGAGGAGGCGAUUGCAUUUUUAAAGCACAAGCUUGAAAACAGUGACCGGUUUUCUGUCAAGGGCAAGAAAGUAAUACUCUCAAAAAGAAAAUGACAGAAUCAUUCAGAGAGCGCGAGCACUUUUAAAGAGUCAUUCUUGCAGGAUGUCCCAUUUUUGAGGUCUGGCAGUAGGCAAUUUCUUAUUUUUCAUCUUAAUCAUAAUUUAAACUGUCAAAACAGGUGAAGGGUAAUAGGUGGUUGAGUAUAGCUCACGGUUUGUUAUUUUGGCAAGGUUAUUAAUCUGAGAUGGAAUAUGAUUAUGUAUCAACCAUAGUAAUAAAGUAGUGAAAAUAUAUACCUCUUCCCAUAUCAUUCCUUGUUGUAAGAAUCCCCCUAUUAAACAUUGUUUAUUUUUUAUGGGAUAGUUUGUAUUGCUCUA